UGUUUGCACUGCCUUUCAGGGGUUUUUAGGGAGUUUACACAAAUCGGAGGACAUCACUUCUGAUUCUGUGCGUUUGUUCGCUCAGCUUCGUCUGUUCAGAGGUGUGCGAAGGAAAGUGACUGAAGUUUUCAGUUUGCUAAGCACAUCUGAUAAAUCAGACAUCAGCAGCACAACAAACGAAACUGAGAAAUAUACAGUGUGGACCAAAUCAACCAGGUCAACAACACCUCAGAGUAAACCUGAUGGUAUAUGUUCAUCAGCUGUGUCAGAGAGAUCCUCCAACCAAGAGAAUGGUGUCAUUUUUAAGAAGCCAAGUUCUGCUGCUGAAGAGAUCACCCAGCAUCAGUUUCAACCACCUUCUGCCACAAACCAGCUGACACCUCUCAUUACUGAUGAGCCCACAUGCUUUCAUGAAGUUGGCCUAAGAAAAUGCCUUGGAAGUAGACCUGGUCCUUCUCAGGCUUGUAGGAGCACCUCAGAUUCUGUUAUGGAGACAUGGGUGAGGAAUCUGCUGAGAGACCCUAUUCAGGUUCUUUAGCUCUGGUCUACCUUUUUGUAGAGGAGUCUGUGAAGAGUUUGCUCCUGCACUGUCUGAGCCAAAACCCAGCACUUCCUAAUGUUACAUCUCCUGACCAAGACAUGCAAGGCACCAGUGCAAGUUUUGAAAGCCAGAGCAGAAACUCAACUGGGUUUCAGUGUGUUUCCACCAAUGCAGUGAGCCACUUCACAAAGGCUCUUGCAGAUCUAGUGGUGCAAUCACUGCCUUCAACUGGUUCUGUCUCUGGCAACAAGGACGAUCCUCUCACGUUGCUAGUGACGCCCGAACGAAAGGACUCGGAGGGAAUUCAGGACAUUUCUGUAAUGGACCUUGCAUCACCGUCACACUUAAAGUGGAUUGCCAGUGAUGUUGUGAAAGAGACAUUGCAGAAUUUUAUCAUCUCCAGCCAGGAGGGUUCGUCUUCCUGUUCCAGCUCCAGCCCACAAAAUGACAGCCCUGUUAUGAAUCCAGACCCUGUGGUUCUGAAGAAGGGACGUCAUGGAUUCUGCUCUAAUGUCUGUAAGAAGGCUCCUGUGUUCAGCUUUGGCUUUAGGAAAUUAAACAACGUGUGUCCUGCUGGCCUGCUGUCUGCUGACCAUCCACCAAACUCCUCCCCAGAAAAUCUUCAAGAGUCUUUGCAGACAGAAUCAAAGGAUUUGUUGACCCCCUUCAAGAAGGCGCGCAAGUGCUUGUCCAGGAUCUUCUCGUCCGUCGGCAAAGCUCUGCCGAACCCCCUCAGUUGCAUGACCCAACCAUCUUAAACCCUCCUCUGCACGUUUAUUUAAGACAGUAUA